AUGGAGCCCGCACCCAUCCUGCUCCAUCCGUGGGGCCAGCGCCGGCGGAAGCGGUGCCGCAUCCUCGGGGCCGGUGAUGGUGUCCCCACCACGCCAUCAGGACAGCCCGGCCCCCCCAGCCCUGCAGUCAGUGCCCCCCCCACAUCCCUGCCCGGGCCCCCCCAGCCCCUGACAGAGCACCCCAAAGCAGAGGCAUCCCCCCCCGUCCCCAUCCACACUGCUGCUGCUGCCCCUUGCCCAGCAGAGACCCUGCCCCACGGGAGCAAACCCCCAGCCCCAGCUGCCGGUGCAGGGCCCCCCCCCGAUGCCAAGCCCCCCGUGUGUGGCACAGCCGGGUCCUCAAAGGAUGCCCCCCCCCGGAGCGACCGCCCCACCGCGGCUGCAGCCUCGCCAGCGAGUUCCGCCAGCGCCAGGCCCAAGCAAGAUGCACAGAAAGCACAGGCGAGGCACAAGCAGGCGAAGGAGCGGCGCGAGGAGCGAGCCAAGUACCUGGCGGCCAAGCGGGUGCUGUGGCUGGAGAAGGAGGAGAAGGCCAGGCUGCUGCGGGAGAAGCAGCUGGAGGAGCGGCGCAAGCGGCUGGAGGAGCAGCGCCUGAAGGCAGAGAAGCGCCGAGCGGUGCUGGAGGAGAGGCAGAGGCAGAAGCUGGAGAAGAACAAGGAGCGCUACGAGGCAGCGAUCCAGAGGUCAGCCAAGAAGACGUGGGCAGAGAUCCGGCAGCAGCGGUGGUCCUGGGCUGGAGCCCUGCACCAUGGUUCUCCGGCACACAAGGAUGGUGCGAGCCGGUGCUCGGUGUCCGCUGUAAACCUCCCCAAACACGUGGACUCUAUAAUCAACAAGCGGCUCUCCAAAUCCUCCGCCACCCUCUGGAACUCUCCCAGUAGAAACCGGAGCCUGCAGCUCAGCCCGUGGGAGAGCAGCAUCGUGGACCGGCUCAUGACCCCCACGCUGUCCUUCCUGGCACGCAGCCGCAGUGCAGUGAUGCUGGCCGGGAACGGCAAGGAGCAGGUGCCCGUGUGCCCCCGCUCGGCCUCUGCCAGCCCCCUCAGCCCCUGCCACAACCACCGCCUGCAGCACCGCUGCUGGGACAGGCGGAAGGGCACCACGGCCAGCCCCGACGUGACACCGCGCCGCAGGACUGAGGCCUCGCCGAAGAAGAAGGAGAAGAAGGAGAAGGAUCGGGAGAACGCCAAGGAGCGCAGUGCCCUGUCCCGCGAGCGCAGCCUCAAGAAGCGGCAGACACUGCCAGCACAGCCCCGGCUGCUGCCCGCUGCCGACAGCAGCCCUGGCCCCAAGAACCGUCCCUCAUCCCCUGCCACCCCCAGAACCCGUCCGGCAUCGCCCAGCCCGGCCCUGGGCUCUCCCCACAAGCCGCCCCUGCCCCGCAGCACCCACUCCUCUCCCAAGGUGCGGGCCAGGCCCCGGGAGGAGCGGGGGGAGCAGGAGAGCCAGGCCAAGGUGCGGGACAGGAAGGAGGAGGAGCGGGGCCCGGCCCCUCCGCCCCCCCCCGAGCCCCCCAAGGCUCCCGCAGAGCCAGCAGCAGCCCCCCCGGCCCCUGCAGCCCCCAGCCCCACACCAGGGCCCCCCCCUGGCAGAGCCCCUGCCGGCACCACGGACCGGGAGGAGGCUGCGCGGCUGCUGGCGGAGAAGCGGCGGCAGGCGCGGGAGCAGCGGGAGCGGGAGCAGCGGCUGCAGGAGGAGCAGCAGAGGCGGCUGCAGCAGGAGCGGGAGCAGCGGGAGCAGGAGGAACGGGCACGCACGGAGGCCCUGGCGCGGCAGCGGGAGGAGCAGGAGGAGCGGGAGGCACAGGACAGAGCACGGGCGGAGCGGGAGGAGACGGAGCGGCUGCAGAGACAGAGGGAAGAGGCCGAGGCCAAAGCACGCGAAGAGGCCGAGCGGCAGCGGCUGGAGCGUGAAAAGCACUUCCAGCGUGAGGAGCAGGAGCGGCUGGAGAGGAAGAAGCGCCUGGAGGAGAUCAUGAAGAGGACGCGCAAGUCCGAUGCUGCAGAUGCCAAGAAGAAGGAGGACAAGAAGGUGGUGAAUGGCAAAGCAGCGGAGCAGGACGAUGUCCCAGGCCGGGAGAAGCACGUGGGACCCAUGUCAAAGCAGGAGGAGCUCCCCGAGAUGGAGACACCGAGCGCAGGGACACCGGGGGGGCUGAAGGCCCUGGUGGGUGAAGGGCUGCAGCCAAGCUCCCCAGCCAAGGAGCUGGCAUCCCCGGCCUCGCUGGUGAACGGUGUGCAGCCCGGCAAGCACGAGAACGGCUUCUCGGGCCCGGAGGGCUCCAAGGAGCUGCUGGAGCUCCAGCACAGCAGCAGCCCCGGCAGCAUCAUCCCCUUCGGUGACAAGGAGCCCUUCCUCAAGCAGGCCGUGGUCAAGCCCCCGCAGGUCACAGGUGAGACAUGGGCAGUGUGUGGGGCUGGGGCUGUGCUGCGGCCACCCCAAGCUCCACACCUCCCCUUGCCCGCAGAGGUGCUGUGACCCCAGGAUGUGGCCCCACCGGACCCGUACCUGCUGUCGGAAGGCCCCACUGCUGCCGCUGCCGUGCUGUGGGUGCCGGUGCUGCGGGGACACCGGGUUCCUCUCCUUGUUCUUUGUUCUUAUUGCAGUUUUGGUUCAUUUUCUACAUAUGCACCUUAUCAGACCCCCCCCCCCCCCACCGGAGCCGCCCCAGACGUGUGCUGUAAUAAUGUAGUUAUUUAACUUGCUGGGUACAAUGUAUGUGAAUACUGUAAAUAGAGCUCGGCCAUACACGGGGGCCCGGUCCGGUCCUGCGUGGGGCAGGGGGGUUUGGGGUGCGCAGCCCGGCCCCGCGCAUGCGCCCCCGGAGCUCCCCGUGCCGUUGUGACAGUGUUAUGCAUCCGGACACCCUGUGCCAACAAUAAAGCGGACAUUGCCCUCA